UUGUGACCCUCGAUGUACUAAAGCCUAAGCAUGCCAGCAUCAUCAUUCGUCCUUGAGAGAAUCGCUACUUCCGGAGUAUCCUAUGAGAGUGGUGAGAUCGGUCUCCGCGAGUCGCUCAUCGGACUCAGCAGGGAUCUCAUUACCAGGCUAGAGAUACCUAGUAUGUUCUUGCAACCUCUUGGAAAAGCACCUACAUCUAUGUCGGAGCAGUCGCUAGGAGAGUACGUCGAAGAAGGUACGAUCGGGCUCUGUCUCACAGCCUCAGGCAUAAAGCGCUCCAUGAGAACUCGCUCUUUCCACCUCGACGCCAAAUGUCUUCUUCUUUGUUUAGAGACUCCCUGCCGACAACGUCUGCAAAAUUUUGACUCGAACACGUGUCACAGACCAGUACCGACCAGACAGUCGUGAGUAAGAAUCAAUAAUUUCGAACAUCCAUAUAUUUGCUUCUCUGUUCAUCGAAAUUGCGUCUUCUAAGAACUACUCAAGUUUCAACACUUCGCCAAAAAC